UGUUAAAUUUCUAGAAUAAAAAAAAUAUAUAUUCAUUUAUAAAUUAAAUAAAAGUAGGUCCACUCUAAAGCGGACAAGUAUGUGUUUAUUUACAGCCACGAUCUGUGUAUUUCAAUUGUUUCGAGUGUGAGCAAACCAAGACAAGGGUUUACAAGUUAAUGAGAAUUUGAUCAAGAGAACGUUAAAAUACAAUCGGCUGCAGUCAGACGGGCCAUUUCCAAUUGAAUCGUCGACGAUAGAGGUUCGGUUCUCGAAACCACAAUAAAAUCGGUUUAUUUAGUGGCCAAUUCGAUCGUGAGAUACGAAUACUUUCAGAGAUAUGGCGGCCCCAGUCAAUCAGACGGCGACUGUUAAUCAGAUUAGGGACGGCCUAAUGGACGACUGGAAUAUCCUGAAGAACGUUUUCAAUUUGCUCCAAAAAGAAGACACUUUUUGUGUGGAUCCCCAAAAAUGGGGAGAGCAAAAGAUUGUGCCGUUUUUGCAGCCAGACAAACUUAAGGAACUGAUUAAUCUGAAAGUCCGGGAGACGGAGGAGCGCACGCUCGCUGAAAUCGAGGAGCUGUGUCAGCAGGUGAUCCAUUACUCCGUGAAAACAUCGCACGGGCGCUUCCACAAUCAGCUCUUCGGGCAGCUUGACCCAUUUGGAUUGGCGGGAGCUCUGAUCACCGAGGCCAUGAACGGAAGCUCUUACACUUACGAAGUGGCACCUGUGUUCAGCUUGAUUGAAACUGAAAUAAUAUCUACCGUGUGCAAGCUGGCAGGAUACGAGGAAGGCGAUGGGAUCUUCUCGCCCGGCGGCUCCAUCUCCAAUAUGUACGGCAUGGUCCUGGCCCGCUAUAAGCUCGCUCCCGAGGUGAAGACCUCCGGGGUGUUUGGAAUGCGACCCCUGGUGUUGUUCACCUCCGAUGAAUCCCAUUAUAGUUUUGUGAAGGCGGCCAACUGGUUGGGAUUCGGCAGCGACAACUGUGUGUCGGUGAGGACCAAUGAACGAGGUCAAAUGCUAUUGGACGACUUGGAGGCCAAGAUUUUGGAGGCGAAGGCUCGUAAUUGUCAGCCGUUCUUUGUCAAUUGUACGGCAGGAACUACUGUACUGGGUGCCUUCGAUGAUAUAAAUGGUGCAGCUGAUGUGGCUGAACGACAUGGUCUAUGGCUCCAUGUGGACGGCUGCUUGGGAGGAUCUUCCCUGCUCUCCCCGGAGAACAGACACCUACUUUCCGGUCUGGAGCGAACCAACUCCUUCGCCUGGAAUCCACAUAAAACCCUUGGCACUCCACUGCAGUGCUCUCUGUUUCUUACCCGAGAAAAGGGACGUCUCCUGGAGAGAUGCAACAGCACCGACGCCCAUUACCUCUUUCAGCAGGAUAAAUUCUACGAUGUCUCAUACGACACGGGAAACAAGAGUGUCCAAUGCGGACGAAAGAUCGAUGCCUUCAAGUUCUGGCUGAUGUUGAAGGCUCGUGGCUAUGGAAAGUACGGAUUGUUGGUGGACCAUGCCAUUGCUAUGUCCAGACAGCUCGAGGAUAAGUUGCGACAGCGCGGAGAUAGGUUCAGGUUGGUCCUCCAAAAGCACGAAUACUCGAAUGUCUGCUUCUGGUACAUCCCAAAGUCAAUGAGGGUGUCCAGCAAAGAGGAAACGCCCGAAUGGUGGACUCGUCUAUACACCGUGGCUCCCAAGAUCAAGGAACAGAUGGUCCACAGCGGAACUUUAAUGGUUGGUUACUCCCCACUUAAGUCUAAAAAUCUGGGCAAUUUCCUUCGCAUGGUAUUAACAUGUUUCCCCGUUCUGAAAAGUGAAGAAUUGGAUUUCAUCUUGGACGAAAUUGAGAGACUAGGAGAACAAAUUAUUGUUUAAUGAAGCAUUUAUAUAUUUUUAAUUCUAAAUGUAAUAGUAAGAUUAAUAAAGGAAAACUUUGUGUUACAAAACGAA